GAGGAGUCCGGCUGCGGCAGAGCGAGGAUUGCGGGAUUGCACAGGCUUUUCACGCGUGCACCUCCGACUGGCCACGCGGUGAUACAGUAGGAACCAUAUCUCAGCUCGAGUCCCGUCAGAAGUGCUACAGAAAACGCGAACUCGCGCUUUGAGACGGAAGGGAGGACGCGUCAUUGAAGAUGGAAUAGGUGUCAGACGAACAGGGACAAGAAGACUCGGUUCAUGAAGCACGACUUGUUUCAGGAAUGGGCGAUGGAAUGUGCUGCCACAACUUCGCAAUGAGGCGCCUGUGGGUCUGUGUGCUGCUUGUGAGCACCACCUGCCGUCCGAGCCUCUCACAGGAAGUAACUGGAACUCCCAAGGAGGCUGAAAUAAAUGACAACAUUACCGUCUUCACGCGCAUCCUUGAUGGUCUGCUGGACGGGUACGACAACAGACUGCGUCCUGGACUUGGAGAGAAGGUGACGGAGAUUAAAACCAACAUCUUUGUCACAAGCUUUGGUCCAGUGUCAGACACUGAAAUGGAGUACACUAUCGACGUGUUCUUCCGUCAAAGCUGGAAAGAUGAGAGACUUUGCUUCAAAGGCCCGAUGGAGAUGCUUCCCCUGAAUAACCUUCUGGCCAGUAACAUCUGGACCCCCGACACCUUCUUCCUGAACGGGAAGAAAUCCAUCGCUCAUAACAUGACCACGCCUAACAAACUGCUGCGGCUCAAAGACGAUGGGACCCUUCUGUACACCAUGAGACUCACUAUCUCAGCAGAAUGCCCCAUGCAGUUGGAGGAUUUUCCAAUGGACGCCCAUGCUUGUCCUCUUAAAUUUGGCAGCUACGCGUACCCCGUCUCAGAGGUGGUCUACACGUGGACUCAGGGAGCGGCCAAGUCGGUGGUGGUGGCCGAGGAGGGCUCGCGUCUCAACCAGUACCAUCUCAUCGGUCAGACUGCGGGCACGGAGGACAUCUACACGAGCCGAGGUCAGUACACAGUGAUGAUGGCCCACUUUUACCUGAAGAGGAAAAUCGGCUACUUCGUGAUCCAGACCUACAUGCCGUGCUUCAUGACCGUGAUCCUGUCGCAGGUUUCCUUCUGGCUCAAUCGAGAGUCGGUGCCGGCGCGAACCGUUUUCGGUGUGACCACAGUGCUCACCAUGACCACCCUCAGCAUCAGCGCCCGGAACUCGCUUCCCAAAGUGGCCUACGCCACCGCCAUGGACUGGUUCAUCGCCGUGUGCUACGCCUUCGUUUUCUCCGCCCUCAUUGAGUUUGCCACCGUCAACUACUUCACCAAGAGGAGCUGGGCCUGGGACGGGAAGAAGGCCAUGGAGGCCCAACAGCCCAAGAAAAAAGACCCUUUGGCUCUUUCCAAAAAGCCCAACAACACCUGCUCCACCGGGGUGAAUUACACAGCCAACCUCACCAAGGACGCGUCCAUCGCCACCAUUUCUAACAGCACGGCCGUGCAGCUCAAGCCCUCCGAGCCCAAGGCCCCCGACCCCAAAAAGACUUACAACAGCGUCAGCAAGAUCGACAAGAUGUCCCGGAUCGUCUUCCCGGUGCUGUUCGGGACCUUCAACCUGGUUUACUGGGCCACGUAUCUGAACCGGGAGCCGGUGAUAAAAGGCGCCGUGUGAGCGGAACCCGUAACUGCAUCAUGAUCAGAACCAAUGCCAAGCGCCUCGUCCUCAUCCCAGACGUGUUUCUAGACCUCUGGACUCUGCAUGUGUGUUGCUUUAGGGACACGUUUGCCUUGUGUUUGAACGUUUAUCUUCCUUGUUUCAUUUUAGAUUCCUCCCUCCCGCUGAUAGUUUCCAUUUUUAGCAUUUUGCCGUUCCUAUUUCCCCCUUUGACUCCACAGCAGGUGACGGCACGCCGGGGCCAAGUGCUAUGCAAAAACAUCCUCUCCAUCUUAAUCUACUCGCCACCGGCUUCUCCCCUCGCGACUCUCACUCCGUGGAAGUGGGCUGAGGGUCCGGGAACGCGGGCCCGGGCCCAGGCACAUGGGACCUUCCUUCCUUGUUAAAAGCAGAUGAAUAGCCAUGCUCAAUGUGUUGCCUUGGGUGAGUGCGACAGCUCGUUACGAAUGCACUGAAACCCGCCUGCGGGUGCAUUCACCUUUCUGCUCAUUUCUUUUGCUACUUUUUCUAGAAGGGGCAGCUUCCCGCGUAUGUAAAUAACGACGAGCAGGUUUACUGUAUAGUGGCAGCUUCUGUGCGUGCGGUGCUAGUUAGGAAGCGUGUAAAUACGCCAGCUCCUGUGGUCCAGUUCCAGCAGCGCGCUGUUCCUCCAGUGCUUCGCAGGCCAGGCUGGGAGACGCAGUACAAAAGCUUGCGCUCGAGUCUCGCAGUGCUUCUCUAACCAUUCGGUUUUAUAGAUGACUUUGUUAAUUAGGCUUUGAUGAUCACCUGCCAAUAUUGUUGAUAACAUAACUCACUGCUGUGUCUGCAGCAGGAGACUGACUAAGCUCAUUUAUGCUCAUGUUAUGGAACAAACUGAAGAUUACAAUGUUUCAUUUUAAGGGUUUUGAGCGGUGACACAAAGGAGUGGAGUGUUAGUAGCACAGUUGUGUCACAUAACCAGUUGUGUUAUAUUAUCAUAUUUAAGGUGCAGGCUGUUCUUCAAAUGCAAAUAUCCGAAGCAAUAAAUAAUGCUCAUAUGAAUAAUGACUGGUGUUGAGGGUUAUACGUUAACGCUGCACCUUCAUUUUGCUGAUGUCUUUUGAUCCUGAUUUGAUCCAUUUGACAAUGCUGUUUUUCUAUAAACUCUGAUUGUGGCCCCGCCCUGCCCUCUUUGGAAGCACAGCGCUCUGGUUGUAUUUAAGGUAUUAGUUUAUUUAUUUAUUUUGCAUUAGUGCAGAUGGAAUGGAAACCAGGCUGGGUCGUGCGUUUGUUUCUCUCUUCAGUAGAUAUGCAUAAGCUGAUUGGAAAUAAAGCUUCACAGAUUCCG